UCUCCCCUUGACUGGAGUUUUCUCAAGUUCUGUCGUACUGUGAGGGGUUAUUGAAAACAAUGGAUACGAAAUACAAUCAAAAGAGGAAGAACAUGUCCUACUAUACGCAAACAUGACAGUUUAUUCUAAAUGUGAAGGUCACAUACCAUCAGCCAUUUAAAUAUGGAUCCAGCCGACGAGGGGAGCAGAAUAGUUGCACUGCGGUGUCACUUUGCUAAAACAUAUUGUACAGCUGAUACCGUGGAUCUCCAUGUUAAGUUCUCCCCACUGGCAGCAAGUCUCUCGCUUGACAAACUGCAUGAGAAACUGUUUCUUUGUGAGGAUGCAGCACUCAGUGUCUACAACACUGAUGUGUAUGGAAAGUGUGGAAACAGUGUCACAUCACACAGGACAGAAAUCAGAUUUAGCAUCUUUGCUGAGGAAAGAGCACAUGAAUGUUCACAAUGUGAUGAUUCGUAUGUAGCUUGUGAUUCUGGGUCAGGGUCCGACAGAGGUCAGACAGCAACAUUCAAGGACUCCACAGAGAAGGGUGAACCUGCAGAUCUGGGACCAGAGUCAGAGAUCUCCAAGGUCAAGGUUGUUUCUAAAGAUGCUGUUACGGGACCUAUUACCUGUUUAGGUGAAGAACGUGCAGAUGAUGACUCUGAUGGUUGUCCAUCCGUUGACAGUAACAGGGAUGAAUAUAUUGGGGACCAAGUCAAGAGCGAGAAGGAGAUAAAAUGUGAUCAGUGCCUUGAGAAGUUUGAUUCCGAAAUCCAAUUGUCGAUUCACUCUGUGUUGCAUGUGCAGAACCUGACGUGUGAUGUAUGCAGCGAAGUGUUUGACUCGAGGAGCAGUCUCCAGAAGCACAUGCGAAGUCACGCAGGGCAGAAGUGUUUCAAAUGUGAGCAUUGUGAUAAGAGUUUCUUGGAGAGGAGUGACCUGACAGUCCAUGUGAGGGAACAUUCGGGGGAGAAGGUCUUCCAGUGUAAGGAGUGCGGGGAAACUGUUCAGUAGAAUCAAAGCACUGAAGCGACACACCCUCAACUAUCACAGCAACAUUCCUGUUCAUAUCUGUAAAGUCUGCCGGAUGGGGUUCACAGAUGAAGAAGACCUUCGUUCACACAUGUUCACAGACCACAAGGGAAACGAG